CACUGUCAGAAUGCGGUGUAUCCAUCACGAUAACAUCAAUUACCAAUAUUGUAUCAUUCAUUGUUGGUGCAUUAAUCACGAGUUUACCAGUUCACGGUGUGUUUUGUAUUUAUAUGGCAACGUGCUUGGUAUUUGAUUACGUAUACCAAAUCACGUUUAUUGUGGCUGUGAUGGCUUUGUGGGGAAGAGCUGAAGAAAAAAAUUUAAAUUCUUUUAUUUUCACUCCAUUGGAUUUAAAUUCCGAUUCAGAAAAGAAAACAUGUACACGAAAAUAUUUAUGCUGUGUGGAAAAGAAAGACUCCUCUAAUCUGUCCGCCUGUUUAAUAUCAUGCAACGAAUAUUGGAAAUUAUUAUUACAAUCAAUGACAAAUUAUAAAAUCAUAUCCGUUAUUAUUUUCUCUUAUUUGGUUUAUCUUAGUAUAGCUGCCUGGGGUUUCACUCAAUUAAGUUUCAGAGCUACAUUUAAUAUGGGAUUACUAUAUAAUUCAUAUCAAUAUUCCUAUUUUAAAGCAUACCAAGACAAUUUCCAUCAGUAUCAGUACCGACUGCAAAUAUUUAUUAUGCAAGAACUGGAUUAUGCAGAUCCCGAAAUCCAAACUAAAAUUGAAAAUAUAACGCGGUCGAUCGAAAAUGAUCCGCUGAUUUCUGGGUCCCUCUUUACAGAGUCUUGGUUGAGAAGUUAUCUUCAAUUUAUUAAUCACAAAAAUGUUGUACCCAUGUUACAAAGUUUUAAUUUAACCGAUUCGAAAGACUUUUUAUUAAUUCUUCGAACGUUUUUCUUUCGUCAUCCCGCAACCAGGAGAUUCAGGAAGGAUGUUGUAUUCGACCAAAAUUAUACGAAAAUCGUUGCCAGUCGUUUUCUUUUCCAAACGAACAUAACCAGAAAUGGAAAUCAAUUUUACAAUCGAGUAAAGAAUUUGAGAGAAACAUUAGAAAAAUCUGAAUAUAGAACAAUUUUAUACCAUCCGUUAUUUUAUUAUUUCGAUAUAUUGGAUGUGAUACCCGUAACAGUCGUUCAAACUCUGACGUUGAUUAGCGUUGUGGUAUUCGUAAUAUCCGCCAUUUUCUUAUCAGACGUUGUUUCUAUUCUUUGCGUAUUGUUGACAAUAUUAUCAGUAAUGUUUGGCGUCGUCGGUUACAUGUCUCUUUGGGAUGUCAGUUUUGGAAUAAUGUCUAUUUCCAUCCUAGUCAUGGUUUGUGGAUUUUCUGUUGAUUAUGCAGCGCACGUGGUUUGUGCCUACAGUUCAUCGAAGGAAACGGAUCCGAAGAAACGCCUGAUCACUGCAGUCGGUUUAACAGGAAUGCCAAUUUUCCAAAGUAGUAUUACAAUGAUUUUAGUGGUUAUAGUUUUUGUAACUCGUCCUUCACUAGAAUUUUUCGUUUGUAUGAAAAUCAUAACAUUAGCUUCUCUAAUAUCUGCGAUUCAUGGUAUUGUUUUUGUUCCAGUAAUGAUUAGUGUUUUGAAUUGUAUAUGGAAUAAUGUUUUCCUAAGAAAAAGUGUAGACUUUAUAACUUAAAAAUGGACGGCCGGAUGGACGAACGAUAAAUGUGUUAGCCUUCCUCUCUGGAGUAUCCGGGAUCGAAUCC